ACACUUCCUCUUCGGAGAGCCAGAAGGCGGAGGAGAGGCGCGGGGACUCGGGCACGAUGUUUGACUCCUUGCUGCUGCUGUUGCAAAAAACUUUCCUGUUUGCGCACUGGGACUUUUUCAGCGUCGUGGCAUCGAGAACCGAGCAGCCGAGGCGCGCGGCAGCGGAAGUCCCAGCGCAGCUCCAGCGCGGAGAUCUGCUCGAGGUUCCCCGCACGCUGUUCGUGCACUUCGGCAUCUACUUGGGCGACGGGAAGGUCGCACACCUCAUCCCCGACAUCCUCCCGCUCCUGACGCGCGAUGAGCUCCGUGUCCGAGCCGUAGUGAGCAACAAGCGGCUGCUGCUGGGAGUGUUGUUCCGCAGAGCCGCCGUGCGCGUGGACACGCUCGAGGACUUCGUGUACGGGGCGCGCGUGCUGCUCAUCAACGCCAUGGACGGUGUGCUCGGGGUGCAGCCCGCGCCGAACGAGGAGGUCGCGCGCACGGCGGAAACGUUAAUCGGCGCUGUUCGCUACAGCCUCCUGUGGAACAACUGUGAGCACUUCGUCACCUUCUGCAGAUACGGUACCGGGAUCAGCCUGCAGACCGACAAGUUUUGUGAGUGCCUGAAAUCUUUUAUCCGUGAUCAGAGGAGUGUCCUGGCCACUACGGUCAUUGGGAUGUUUUCCAUAUUGUUCCUGGAAUUAUCCGCAUGCACAGCACUUCCACUCCUCCUCAUGUCCUUCAUCCUCUGGAUGGCUGGAUAAGAGACUUUCAUCAUCAUCAUCAUCAUCAUCAGCAGCAGCAGCAGCGUGUUCAUCAUGCUUCAUUACAUCUGUGUUCAGUACAACACAGGUUUGUGUGUGUGCCUGCGUUGGUGUGCAGGCACGUGGGUGUGUGUGUGAGUGUGUUUGUGUGUUGUAGUGAUAUAUCACUAAACUCUACUGUACUGACAGUCACUCAGUGCUGCUCUAUUAUGUUCAUAUGUUUAUUGAAGUUUAACAGUUUUAUGUUAAUCAUGCAUGUUUUUGUACUCGACUCAGUUAACAUUAAUAAAUUUUUAAAAUAGAUUCAUGGUCUCGUA